AAGUGGCCGCGGUGGGUCCUGCCUGAUCUCACCUGUCUCAGAGAAAUAAAUGGCUGACGAUCGCGACUUAGAGAGGAGGGCGGUGGAGGAGCUGCUGAGUGAGGCCACUCGGGCCCGGAUACGGGCGGAGACCAUGGGCCCCGCUGGCUGGGUGAAGUGCCCCCUACGUAGCACUAAUAAGCGCUUCCUGCUCAACACCCUCCGGACCACCACACUCCAGCGCCGCCCUGCUGGUAGAACUGAACCACAACAAUCUCAAGCAGGGGGACCCAGGCCCAGUGACCGCACCUCUUCAAGCAAUUACAGGAGGGGUUGCUCUCGGUCCCCCAUCAGAACUCUGCCCCCCGACCAGAGCCCCCCCAGCAGCAAACACGCACACAGGCAGAGUGAUCACAGAGACAGACAGACACACAGACAGAGUAACCACGGUGACAAACACAGGCAGAGUAACCAUGGUGACGGAUGCACUCACAGACAGAGUGAUCACAGUGACAGACACACACACACGGACAGAGUAAAAACUUCCACAAACACACACAGAACAGCAGAAUCGCCCACCAGCUGGAAAACCCAUAAAUGACAUCACUGCUCCCUGGGGGUUUUGUGCAUGUGCAGGAGUGAAUGUGUG